AUGUUGGAGUAGACAGUAACUGUGUACAGCUCUAUACUUUAGUCUACGGCUCUUCCCACACCAGGUCGGAUAUCAGUUUCUUUCUUAAUAGUGCCAAGUUUUACUUAUUUGACCAAUAUAAUUUCUUCAAUUUUUAAGCCUGUUGAUGCAGUUGAUGGUCAUAUAACUCAAUGGUGAUACAACAUUAACGAUUUAUUAACUAUUAUUGAUUAUGUGCAAAUUAUCUAUUUUAAAGUUAUGUGUAAUUAUACACUAAAGUGAUUUUAACAAAAAAGGCUGUUAAAAAAUUUUUCAUAGUGAAUAAAAAAAUUUUUAUUAACUACAAAUAUAUCUAAUCAAUUUAAUAGUUAGAUACUAUAGUGUUUUAGAAAAAAAUUUUAUUAAAAUGAAUAUUAUUAAGUUCAACUAAUUACGUUAAAUUUAAGAUUAAUUAAAGUGAAAUUGUAUUGGUGGAAAGACGUGAGCCACUGUCAUUGGAAAAUGUUGCCAUAUCAAGUAGCUAUGGACUACGGAGGCUUCCAAAGACAAAAUUCAGUCGGGGUUGGCACAACUCAUCAGAGCCCAACUAGUACUCUUAACAUCAACCCUGCAUUUACUCACUCUUGGUUCGUACCGGCAGACCUCUGUGUCCCGUACAAACAGAAUCAGGGUCCUCUUCUCGAGCCAGGCUUACUGGAGAUGCGGAAAGAAAAAAGUCGAGACGCAGCUAGAUCUCGGAGAGGAAAAGAAAAUUUUGAAUUUUAUGAGUUGGCAAAAAUGCUUCCAUUGCCAGCUGCAAUUACUUCACAAUUAGACAAAGCUUCCAUUAUAAGGCUGACAAUAUCUUAUCUUAAAUUAAGAGAAUUUUCAAUGCAUGGAGAACCACCAUGGAAUAGAGAUUCUCCUCAACCUAAUAAAAUUGUCAAAAGUACUAAAAGAGCAAGAUUGACAUCAACACCUUUUGCUGAAGACAUGUUCGAACAACAUCAAGGAACACACAUUCUACAAUCUCUAGACGGAUUUGCAAUGGCUGUAGCUGCAGAUGGUCGAUUUUUGUACAUCUCGGAGACCGUUUCAAUCUACUUAGGAUUAUCUCAAGUUGAAAUGACUGGUUCAAGUGUGUUUGACUACGUUCAUCAACAAGAUCAUGCAGAAGUUGCUGAGCAGCUUGGAUUAGGCUUAACUUCCACAAGUUGUGCAUCAGUUUCUCAUUCGUCAAAUUCAGGGUUAGCAUCACCUAAUAGUACUGCAUCUGAAGAGCAUAAUGCGAAUUCUACAGCAAAUCCUGACGGUACAGAUGAUGGUAUUGACGAUAAGACUGAAAAUACCAAGAUUAAGAUUAUUGGAAAUGAAAAGAUGUUAAUGCUCGGCAACAAGAAUCUUGAAGACAUGAAGAUGUUGAUAAUUGAUUCGAACAAACAGACUCGUGAGAUAUCAGCAUCAAUUGGAAGAACUGCUAAAAAGCUUGAGGAAGUUACUAACGAGUUGGUGGUAGCUCUGAGGGUGAUGGUAGAUGGGCGCAGAGUAGAGUUAGAUCGGGAGAAGGCUAAAUUAGAAGCAUCGAAGUUAGAAGCAGAGAAGAAAAGCAGCGACGUAGAAGACAAAGUCAAAGCACAGAUGGCAAAAUUUGAUAGUAAGAAGAAUUGUUUUCGAUGUGCUAAGCCUGGACACAGAAUUGAAGAUUGUCCACUGCCAAAAGAUGUGUGGUUCUGCUACUACUGCCAAGAGAUGAGAUCUCACAAAGGUUCGGAGUGUAAGGACGGCAGACUCAAAAUUUCAUCAGUAAUGGCUUUAACAUCGUCAGGAUUGUAUAAAGGCUACGAUAGGGCUUUUUGUAUAAGAAUGAAGUCAACGUUGACAAAAAGAGGAUGUCAUUUCAAGUCUUCAGGAUAUCGAGUAGUGUUAUUAUUGUGCCGCCUAAGGCCGCAAUAUCCCUUUCAUCCAACGAGAAAAUCAACACCAACUUUGAUGGGCAUGGUUGGAUUAGCGAUCGCUCUACCACCUCCAAGUGUUCAUGAAAUAAGACUGGAAGCGGAUAUGUUUGUGACGAGAAUAAAUUUUGAUUUCCGGAUAGCUCAUUGUGAACCUAAAGUUUCAGAAUUGCUUGACUACACUGCAGACGAAUUAACAGGAAAAAGUAUGUAUGGAUUAUGUCAUGGUGAAGAUGCCCACCGUCUACGAAAGUCUCAUGUUGAUUUGAUCAAUAAAGGGCAAGUCUUAACUCAUUACUAUAGACUGAUGAAUAAAAGCGGUGGAUAUACUUGGGUUCAAACUUGCGCAACCGUUGUUUGUAAUUCGAAAAAUGCGGAGGAACAAAACGUAAUUUGUGUAAAUUAUGUAAUAAGCGGACGAGAAUAUGAAAAUUUAAUAAUGGACUGCUGCCAACUUGAAGAAAAUGUGCCCGGCGUCAAGAGAGAAAAUGCAAGUGGUCACGACCCAGAAAAUGGUUCUCCCGAUGCCGAUAGAGGAGCUGGUCAAAGUAACGGAGAUUCGGCAAAUCAACAUCUCGGAAACCCUGAUCAAUCUCCAUCUACAGAAAGAGAUGAUAGUCAGACAUCUGCUGGUGAUUCUCAAGAUGGUCAUCAAAAUGAUAAGUUGUCUAAGCUUCAACAGGAAUCACAGCAAACAGAAACGAGAAAUACUAAUUUAACUUUGAAGAUGUUUACACGAUCAAAAAGAAAGUUCCCACAUGAAGACGACACCUCAUCUGGAGAAGAAAACGAUAUCGACGAAUCAGGCCAACUAUCGAGAAAUCAUGUUUCGAGUCCAGCAUCAUCAAAUAAUUCUUUGCAUGCUAGCGACCAAGUUUUAAAACCUUCAAGUCCCAAUGAUCAUAGCUUGGAAACUUCUGAAACUCCAGAUGUUACACCUGGAACAUCAGUGAAAGAUUUAGAACAAGCAAUGUCAAAGCACCUACCGAGUGCAUCUUUAAAUAAGCCCGACUCUACUGCUGCACAUCAACCAACAGAUUUUAGCGCAGAUACACUUUUAAAACAGCAACAACAAAAGUCAACAAUACAGUGGAUUGGUGCACAUCAUUUAGGUCAUUUAAACCCACAACAAACAAAUACACCAUCUUUACCUGCUUCGGCACUUUUACGUCAACUAUACGCUAAUCGAGAAAGUGUCAUUCGUGCAAAUGUUCAUGGCAUUACUUCAAGUUCCGGUAGAACAUCUUCUUCAUCGGUUUAUUACUCAGGAGAAGUUAAUCAAGGUCCACUUCCUACACCUCCAAGUUCGGAAGGAUCGUCAGCAUAUGGUGAACAUCAGUUUGUACUUGGUCACAGUCAAAAACCACCAUCGAUAUCAGAAACAUUCAAUGGUUUAGUAUCAUCAUAUUCUAUAGGUGGUAGUUAUGGUGUUGAAUUUCACUCAACAAUGACACCACCAUCGUCAGUAUCCCCCAGAGAUAAACAACAACCACAACAACAGUCGCAACAACAACAGCAAAAACACAAACAAGAACAACAUGGACAACAGCAGCAAAAACAGCCAAAAGACCUAAUACCACCCCCCCAACAGCAACAACCAGAACAAUCGCAACAACAACAAGAACAGCAACACCACAUUUCGAGUGUCAUUUCCUACGAAACUUCCGUUUAUAAUGACACAGUGCCACGACAUCAAUAUGAACCUGCACAACCUCUUCCUCUCAAGCCUCAAGUCUAUGCGGCCAGUAUUCAUCCAAGUGCAUUGGAUGCAGCCGCAGUAUAUACUUCCGCCAGUCUUAGUGAACAUGCACAAUUUUACCACCAUCCAGCUACCGGUCCCGGCUUCCAUUUAUAUCACUCUAACAAUAAAAAUAAUUCUAAUAGCUGGUACAGUUCAGCAACCUAGAAAUAGAAUAAAUUACAUUGAAUAGGUUCAUUUUAGGAGAAACGAACUUAAAGUCUGUCGAUUGGAAGAAAAUUGAUAAUAAUGAGUACAUAUCAAGGGCUGACUUAUUCGCUGAAUAGUAUAUAUAUUUUUAGUAAAUCCUUUAAUUGGUGCGGGUGAUAUUGGAUAAGUGAAAAUAAUACCAUGACGUAUAUAUGCGGAAGGAUUAUGUAUUUAUGUAUUCAAAAAAUUUUAAACAAAAAUGAUAUCGAAUGCUGAACAUGUAUAGCGAAUAUUUUGUUCAAUAAUGUUGAAGAUCUAUUAAAAGAAAUAAAAUUGAUCCAAUUCCGACUUCAUGCUAAGUGCAACUUAAUUGAUCAAGUGAGAUAUCGAAAGCAUAAAAUGUGAAUUAUUUAAAAAUAACUAUUACCGUAAAUUUGUAAUAUAAAAUUAUCUUUAUCUAAGGAAUCAACGAACGUCGUAACCAAUUAAUUAACAGUUAUGAAUUUGUAAUUGGUUCUUAUAAGAAAUGAAUAAAGAAACAUUACUUGUUACGCUACAGAAAU